AUGGCCUCCGCGAGCGUGGCCGAGUGCCUGCAGCAGGAGACCACCUGCCCCGUGUGUCUUCAGUACUUCGCGGAGCCUAUGAUGCUCGACUGUGGCCACAACAUCUGUUGCGCCUGCCUGGCCCGCUGCUGGGGUGCGGCGGAGACGAACGUGUCGUGCCCGCAGUGCCGGGAGACCUUCCCGCAGCGCCACAUGCGGCCCAACCGGCACCUGGCCAACGUGACCCAGCUGGUGAAGCAGCUGCGCACCGAGCGGCCGUCGGGGCCCGGCGGCGAGAUGGGCGUGUGCGAGAAGCACCGCGAGCCGCUGAAGCUGUACUGCGAGCAGGACCAGAUGCCCAUCUGCGUGGUGUGCGACCGCUCUCGGGAGCACCGUGGCCACAGCGUGCUGCCCCUCGAGGAGGCGGUGGAGGGCUUUAAGGAACAAAUCCAGAAUCGGCUGGACCAUCUAAGAAGAGUGAAGGAUUUGAAGAAGAGACGGCGGGCGCAGGGGGAGCAGGCGAGAGCUGAGCUCUUGAGCCUGACCCAGAUGGAGAGGGAAAAAAUCGUUUGGGAGUUUGAGCAGCUGUAUCACUCCUUGAAGGAGCACGAGUAUCGCCUGUUAGCUCGCCUCGAGGAGCUAGACUUAGCCAUCUACAACAGCAUCAAUGGUGCCAUCACUCAGUUCUCCUGCAACAUCUCUCACCUCAGUGGCCUGAUUGCCCAACUGGAAGAGAAGCAGCAGCAGCCCACCAGGGAACUCUUACAGGACAUUGGAGACACACUGAGCAGGGCUGAAAGAAUCAGGAUCCCUGAGCCCUGGAUCACACCUCCAGAUCUACAAGAGAAAAUCCAUAUUUUUGCCCAAAAAUGUCUGUUCUUGACAGAAAGUCUGAAGCAGUUCACAGAAAAAAUGCAGUCAGAUAUGGAGAAAAUCCAAGAAUUGAGAGAGGCUCAGUUAUACUCAGUGGAUGUGACCCUGGACCCAGACACAGCCUACCCCAGCCUGAUCCUUUCUGAUAAUCUUCGUCAAGUGCGGUACAGUUACCUCCAGCAGGAUCUACCAGACAACCCUGAGCGGUUCAAUCUGUUUCCCUGUGUCUUGGGCUCUCCAUGUUUCAUCGCUGGGAGACAUUACUGGGAGGUAGAGGUGGGAGAUAAAGCCAAGUGGACCAUAGGUGUCUGUGAAGACUCGGUGUGCAGAAAAGGUGGGGUGACCUCAGCGCCCCAGAAUGGAUUCUGGGCAGUGUCAUUGUGGUAUGGGAAAGAAUACUGGGCUCUUACCUCCCCGAUGACUGCCCUCCCCCUUCGGACCCCUCUUCAGCGGGUAGGGAUUUUCUUGGACUAUGAUGCUGGUGAGGUCUCCUUCUACAACGUGACAGAGAGAUGUCAUACCUUUACUUUCUCUCAUGCUACCUUCUGUGGGCCAGUCCGGCCCUACUUCAGCCUCAGUUACUCGGGAGGGAAGAGCGCAGCUCCUUUGAUCAUCUGCCCUAUGAGUGGGAUUGAUGGGUUUUCUGGUCAUGUGGGGAACCACGGUCAUUCCAUGGAGACCUCCCCUUGAGGAAGUGGACUGAGACCACAAGUGCUGUUGGCUGUAAUCCUACCCCAGGCACACAGGAUCUUGUCGACUUGUCAAUUCCUGUCCAUCAAAGCCAGGUGUCCUUACCAUUUCCCAUGCCCUUACAGAGAGAGACAGUGUGUUCAUGGUCUCUACUACACUUUCCCUUCCCUUGCAGAUUGUGAGAUGUAAUGAGAAGUAUUGCUGUUUCCCAGAAUAAAAACCAGAUUCCUCCUCCUGUGUUUUACACUUUUGUUGGUUUUUACACAUGACUGAAUAGAUGAAGACUAUGGAUAGGAUUUAGAGAACCGCUUUUCUCAGUGAUGGGCUUGGAUGUAGAAGUGUAAGCCAAAUAAACCCGUUUCUUCCCAAGGUGCUUUUGGUCUGCAUCUAUCACAGCAGCAGAGAAGCUGAGAAAAAUUGUUACGAGGCUGGUGAAAAUGCUGUGAUAGUCCCAGCCUUGUUUUGGGAAGGACUGUGGAAGUGUUUGGAACUUUGGUUUGGAAAAGCCAUUGAAUAUUAAAAGUAUAAUGGGCUGCGGGGUCUCAGAAAAUAAGAGUGUUGAGAGAAACGCAGAUGAUAGAGACCCAACUUGUGAAGCUGCAGAGAAGCAAAGACUAUUGGGGUCAUUUGUGUGAUACGCUUGAAUUAAGAAUGUGUGGUUUUCCAGUCUGGUCUACAAAGCGAGUUCCAGGACACCCAGCCGAUACUGUUACACAGAGAAACCCUAUCUUAAAAAAAGAAAAAAAAAACACAAAAAGAAUGUGUGAUUUCUGGACAGCUGGGGCUGAAGAAUUGGCUGUGAGCAAGAGGCCAGCAGCACUGACGUGAAACCUUUGCUUUAUUGGGACAGUCAAUACUGGUCAACUGGGGUGAAGAUCAGCUGAUUAACAACAGGCUAGCCCUGUUGAGACAACUGGAAAGUAUUUCCUCCAGGUCUGCACAGAGAGACUGUGGUCCAGAGGAGGCCAAUCCUGCAUCUCAAGCUAGUAGCAAAACUUGGUAAUGUGUAAACAUCUCCCAUGUGGUACUUGGUUUGACUGCAUGAGCAAGGUUAAAGGGGUCAUGGCGAGAAGCUGAGAUUUGGCAUCCUGUAGUAGCCACACAGUCCCUGAAGAGAGGUAUGGCCAGUUGCAGCGGAGAGCCCGGCAUACUGGCGAUGAUGGGACUAUAGGAUGGCCAGCAGGUCCACCAGCAGAUGUGGGCCUAUGAGUGUGUGCUGCAUAAGGUGGAACCAGAGAGGCGAAGCAAUGUAAGCCCUUUGGAGCCCAGAAGAUCAUGCGUCCCAAAUGUUGGACGGUUAUUUAACUAUUCAAAUUGGGUUUAAUUUGGUUUGUUUGUGACUGUGCUCUGGUUUUGCUCUCUUGAAGUGUAUGUAACUUGUAUUUUGAUUUUACAGGAAUCCACUUAAUGAGAUUUUGGACAAUUUAAAGAGAUUUUGGA